GUAUGGGGCGGGGUGGUGGUGGUGGUGGUGGAGGAGGAGGGGUGGUGCGGCUGCCGCCGAUGAACGCGCUGGAGAUCCUGCGGGAGACGGUACGCGUGCUGCGGGCGGACCCGCACGCGUUCACGUCGGUGCUAUUCUUCCUGCUCUGCCCGGCGUCGGGGUGCCUCCUGCUGUCCGCGGCGGCGCUGGAGGGCGCGGCCGUGCUCCCGCUCGCGCGGAGGCUGCUGGCCGCCGCGGCGGCGUCGGGGCUCCCGCUCACGCAUUUCGUCAGGCAGCUGGCGCACCACCUCGCCGCCACCCUCGUCGCGUCCGUCGUGUCGUUCCCGGCGCUCUUCACCCUCCUCCUCGCUGCACGCGCCUCCGUCGCCUACGCGGUCGCGGCCGUCUACGCCGGGAAGCCCCUCGCGGGCUCCGAGCUCUCCCUCCUCGCGCGCCGCGCGUGGCCGCGCCUCGCCGCCACGUACGCGCUCGCGUGCGCGGCCGUCAUCGCCUGCCUCUCCUCCUUCCUCGCCCUCCUCGUCACCGCCUGCUCCACGCUCAAGUUCAUGCUCUACCCGCCCGACAUCGUCGUCUGCGCCGGCUUCGUUACGGUUCUUGCCUUCUCCGUGGCGUACGCGCACACCAUCAUAGUGUGCAACCUCGGUGGUGUCAUCUCCGUUCUUGAGGACAUUGCCGGAGUCAAUGCACUGCGCCGAUCAGUGCAGCUGAUGCGUGGGCAGACGCAUGUUGGCCUUCUCAUCUUUCUUGGAUCCACCAUUGGCCUGGCUUUCGUUGAGGGGCUGUUUGAGCACAGGGUGAAGACACUGAGCUAUGGUGAUGGCUCGUCAAGGCUCUGGGAGGGGCCAUUGCUUGUCCUCAUGUACUCAUUCGUGAUGCUCAUUGACUCGAUGAUGAGCGUGGUGUUCUACUUCACUUGCCGGUCAUCGAACUUGGAGAUCUUGGAUGAGGAGGGUGGCUCGGUCGAGGAACUUGAGAUGAUGAUGGGUAGCAACUCAGUUGUCAGGUGAUGAAGAAGAUAAAUUUUCUUUCUUACGGUCACAGGUAUAUCUGUUCAUACUGGGGAAUAAGCGGGGUGGACAGUGGACGCUUGCCUUCGGCAAGCGGCAAAGAAUGACUGGCGGUUGUUCAUCAAAGCUGUCCAUCCCAUGAAUAUACAUUGUGUUUGAAUGGUUGGUGUUGAUGGUGAAAGAAGAACUUUGCAAGCAUUUAGAGUCCCCACUCAUGCCAUGUAGAUUCGCGAGCGAAGAACAGAAGGAAAUGAAUGAUGGGUUGUGUUCUUAAGCAAUCUCAAGUUUUUGGCAGCGAUUGGGGAGCUGGCAAUGUAUGUAGCAUUCAUUUCAGAUGAUGUAACUAGUAUAUCAAUUCAAUUCUUGUGGAAUUUUGUACUCUUCAAAGGCCUUUUGGUUAUACUGAAUGAAACACUCUGUGGAAAUAGUGAU